UCGGCCACCAUGCAUGGCAAGAUCAUCUUCUACGAGGAAAAGAACUUCCAGGGUCGCUCCUAUGAGACCAGCAGCGACUGCCCUGACAUGUCCUCCCACCUGAGCAGGUGUCACUCCUGCAGGGUGGAGAGCGGCUGUUUCAUGGUCUACGACCGCCCCAACUUCAUGGGAAACCAGUACUUUAUGAGGAGGGGCGAAUACUCAGAUUACCAGCGUAUGAUAGGUUUCAGCGACUGCAUCAGGUCCUGUCGUAUGAUCCCUAUGCACAAAGGGUCCUACAGAAUAAGGAUCUAUGAGAUGGAGAACUUUGGCGGGCAGAUGUACGAGCUCAUGGAGGACUGCGAAAACAUCCAGGACCGCUACCACAUAUCUGACUGCCAGUCGUGCCACGUGAUGGACGGCCACUGGCUGAUGUACGAGCAGCCCCACUACAGAGGCAGGAUGAUGUACCUGAGGCCCGGAGAGUACAGGAGCUUCAGGGACAUGGGAUAUGACGGAAUGAGAUUCAGCUCCAUCAGACGCAUCACCGAAUCCUGUUAA